AGAGAGGACCGAGAGUGAGACUGAGAGUGGGGAGAACGGGUAGAGAGAGAAAGGGGAGAAGAGAGAGAGAGGGGGAGGGAUACAGGAGACAGAAACCUCUCCCAUCCAAGUCACGAAAUCCAUUCAAUCUGAUAAUUCAAUAACAAAACCCUAAUUUUCUCUCUGGGAAUUCUUACUGCUGGUUUAGCGAGGUUUGGGAUUGAGAAACACCAUGGCUGGAGCAGCUUCCGUCAAAGGAAUGGUCUUCACAUCGUCACCAUCGCCAUCAUUGCAUGCUUCUUCACAUAGGCUUCUACAUCCCGUUGUCAAUGCCCUUUCUCUCUCAAAGAAGGGGGUUUCUCUCUCUAGCCAUGUUUUGAAGAGACCCAUCAAGACUAAUUUCUUUAAUGGAGGAGUGGGAGGUCUGGAAUUGGCAACAACACAGUUAGUUAGCUCCAAUGGAGCCAGAUUUGGUGGAGGCGCUCUUGGGGCAAAGAUGAAUUUAUUCGAUCGGCUUGCACGAGUUAUAAAGUCAUAUGCCAAUGCAAUCCUAAGCACUGUAGAAGACCCUGAAAAGAUAUUGGACCAAGCUGUUCUUGAAAUGAACGAUGAUUUGACAAAAAUGCGCCAGGCCACAGCACAGGUUCUAGCCUCUCAAAAACGAUUGAAAAACAAAUAUAAAGCUGCACAACAAUCUUCUGAGGAUUGGUACCGUCGUGCACAACUUGCUCUUUCAAAAGGAGAUGAGGACCUUGCUCGUGAAGCUCUAAAGAGGCGUAAAUCUUAUGCUGAUAAUGCAGCUACUUUGAAGAGUCAACUUGAUCAGCAAAAGAAUGUUGUUGAAAAUCUUGUCUCAAAUACUCGGCUCUUGGAGAGCAAGAUCCAGGAAGCCAGGUCGAAAAAAGACACUCUCAAAGCGCGGGCACAGUCUGCAAAGACUGCAACAAAGGUGAGUGAGAUGUUAGGGAAUGUGAACACAAGCAGUGCUCUUUCAGCAUUUGAGAAGAUGGAGGAAAAGGUGAUGGCCAUGGAAUCCCAAGCUGAAGCCCUUAACCAGUUGACAACUGAUGAUCUCGAAGGGAAGUUUGCAAUGCUGGAGACUUCAUCUGUCGACGAUGAUCUUGCAAACUUGAAAAAGGAAUUGGCAGGGAGCAGCCCAAAAGGGGAGCUCCCGGCCGGUAGAACACCUGUUAGCAGCUCAAGUGUAGCUUUUCCUUUUCGAGACGUGGAGAUUGAGAAGGAGCUCAAUGAGCUUAGGAGAAAGGCAAAGGAGUUCUAGAUUUUUUGAACCAUAUUAACAGUACUUUUUAUUCUUUUUGUCCUUUUUUAGUUUUGUUUUUUUAAUGAUCUGUUAGUUACAUAUUGUACCACCAGUGUACUGGCUGCAUAAUUUAGUCGAAGUGGUCUUUAUAAUCGCAAAAAAAAAAGGCACCUUAAUGAGCGAUGACAAAGGGGGUAAUGCAUGUUGUACAUUAGAUUUAAUUGAUGUAUAAUGCUUUGCUUUUUUGUGAUUGUAAAUUACUGAGAAUUUCAGGUUAUUAGCAUUCUGUGUGCUUGUAUUUUCU